CUCGCCGGCGAAACGUGGGAACGAAGUAAGCUGUCAGUUUGUGAGGAAGAAAACCUUAGUCCGUUUGAUACUCUUUUUAAGACAUCUAUUCAUGAUGGAAGCAAUUGAUCCUGAAGAUCAAAUAAGAUCGUUCCACUCAAAAUUGUCAGAAAUGCGCCAAAGCUUCGAAGCGUUGAAGAAGGAGCGGAUUCUUCUAGCUGAAAAAUGGACGCAACAAUUGCGUGAGAGAUUGGUGCCGAAAGCAUUGAAUCAGCUUAACGCUGACCUGGGAGAAUUCGUGGCUACGCGCAACGCUGAGUUGCAGGAACUUCUCAGCGCCAUCGACGGCGAACUCUCCUCUGGCAAGGAAACUACCGCCAAGCUGACUGAGGCACGGUCAGCACUACUGGCUGACAUCCAUGGGCUCUCGCAGUUUCAUGCUGACCCGGCAAACUUCGGGGCAAUUGUGGUUGGGUCUGAAGCAAGCGAGCACACGACCGCCCGCCUUGAGCACGACACCCACACUGUGCUCGACAACAUCGACGAGCUGCGCCAGAAGCGCGAGAACCUCAUGGCCUGCGUGGAGGAGCGACUCACAUCCACCGUUGAGGGACUGUGCGGGCAACUGGUGCAGGAGGUGGAGGCUCGCACGGCGAGGCAGGAGGAGGCGAGGCUGCAGAUGCUGCAGGCAACAGAGCAGCAGAUCGUGCAGGCAGACUACCUCAUCAAGAAGCUGGGAGUCCUCACUAAACAGCUUGGAUCCUGGCUAAAUAACCAGCAGUUCAAGGCUUCUAAAGAUUAUUGAGCUUCUCACUCUUCCUAGCACUUGGUCAUAUUUUAGUUGUUUUAUCAGCACUACAAAAGGAAUAUUGAAUGUUUUAUGAACUCGCUGGAAAAACCAGCAGUUCAAGACUUCCAAAGAUUAUUGAGUUUCUCACUCUUCCAUCCAAGCACUGGGUCACUGGCUAAAUAACCAGCAGUUCAAAAAUUCCAAAGAUUAUUGAGCUUCUCAUUCUUCCAAGCACUUGGUCAUAUUUUCGUUGUUUUAUUAGCACUACAAAAGGAAUAUUAAAUGUUUAUGACCUCGCUGGAAUUUCGAGGUCUUGCACCUGCUGCUACGUACUUCAUUUUGAUCAGGGAAUCAAUCUUAUAAGUGCAGCUCACCAGAAAUUGAGAGUAUAAUGUAUUUACAUCUACAUUAUAAUACAUUGUAAAUUUAUUUAUAUAUCAAGUAGUCAAAAUUAUAGAGCAUAUUACAUAAUAUAUUAUAAUUUAAAUAAAUCUAUCUUAAAUAUCAAAAGAUGAGAUUAUAUUUCAGUUCCGUUUAUAGUUUUAAUUUCAGCCUUGCUGAUGUCAAACAAUAUAAUCGCUAGUUUUAUAUUGAUCGUCAAUUGUUUUCUAGUUCGAUAUUGAGCGACUUCUGUUGUAUCAUAUUGUAUUAUAUGAACUAUAGGUGGACGUGUACCAUCACUUUUACUAUGAUACUAUUUUCGCUUACACAAUUUAUUUUUCGUAUCAGUGAUUAGUUAUAUUAUUUUUUUACUCGUAUUACCAUCAGCUGUGCUGUUAUACUACAAUCAGUUGUAAUAUUAUCCUGCCAUCAGUUGUAAACUGCUAUCAGUUGUAAGAUUUGUACCAUUAUUUUACUCGCAUUACCAUCAGUUGUGCUGUUAUACUACAAUCAGUUGUAAUAUCAUACUACCAUCAGUUGUGCUGUUAUACUACAAUCAGUUGUAAUAUCAUACUACCAUCAGUUGUAAACUGCUAUCAGUUGUACUAUUUGUACUAUUAUUUCACUCGUAUUACCAUCAGUUGUACUAUUUUACACGUACUGCCACCAGUUGUGCUGUUAUACCACAAUCAGUUGUAAUAUUGUUUACAAUCAGUUGUAAUAUAAUACUACCAUCUGUUGUAAAUUGCAAUUAGUUGUACUAUUUGUUUUGCUAUUUUACACGUACUGCCAUCAGUUGUACUAUUAUGACCCUAGCUGUUGCGGAAAAGAAUAUAAAAUCAUUCGGUCAGAGUAAAAUUUGAGGUCUCGAGACCCACUGGAGCUAUGCGGUGCGUUUUCAACUCAGUCUUCAUAAAUGUAAUCCUUAAA